CAGAAAUAAAAAUAUACUGAAGGCGAGUGCUCCCAAUUUUUUUGCCAACAGGGUGCAUAAAAAAGGUGGAAACCACUGCAUCAGAUCAUUCUUCUAGGUCUUCUACAAGAAGGUAAGCAACACUAGAAAGCUUGCACUUUGAAAUGACAGGACAUGCUAGCAAAACCAAAGUAGUAUUUUGACCUCAGUUUGGGGAAAAAGGGCAAGAAGAUUGCCCUUCUAUGUCUGUGUGAACUUCACCUGUGGGUCUGGUAAUCGUUUCUUUUCCUCCUAAUUUUCAUGUUCUACUCCUCACCACCUCCAAUCCAGAAACAGAUAAUGCUUUAAGUAGUAAUGUAUCAAUUUACACACAUUUUCAAAUACUGAAAAAUUCUCCUCCUUUAUCAUACCCCUCUCUCAAAUGCCAUAGUGCCUCAAAUGUUUUCUCAGUGUGGACAGCAAUCUCCACCUUGCUCCACUUUUGUGCAUCCCUUCCCUGUCUCCUACACCCAAUCCUCCAUCACUCAACACAAAAUAAUGUGGCAAAGUUUUAGUAUUGUAGGUGCUUUCUGUAACUUGUAAUGGUGUCAUUAUUAUCACCAACCUUUCCUUCCCCCUUUAGGAACUCCAGCACGAAUCACUUGACAAAACACAACUAAAUUCACAUUAGAAGUCUUAGCAGGUUAUUCAAAAGCAGCACUCUCAUAACCUUCUGAUGAAAAUGCCACAAAAAGAAGAUCUAGAGAAGACAUGUAAACACAGUUCAGCUGAUAUGAACUGGCACACUAACAUUUUCCCCCUAUACAAACUGGACAAAAUAUAAUCAAAUCUGCAUAAGAAGAGGGUGUAAGGGUAGCAGUUAUUCUCACUCCACCUCGGGCAGGGGAAAACCACAUCAGCACUGAAUAUCCUACUUGUGCAUAUGCACAUUCAAACUAAAAACUCAUUAGAAAAUACAAGUGCAAGGCAGUUAGGCCGCAGUUCAUGCUGGCCCAAAGGAAAAUAUCAGGGAAGAUACUCUGUUCUUCAAACGUCACAGACAUCUCCUGACCUACAAAAGGAGAAGGUGCCUAAAGCCAAAAGUGAAAUAUCAGAAUUAGGCUCAAAAAGCAAGCAGAAAAGGAUGAAAAAAGGGAAAGUGAUGAGACAAAAUAGAUUUAAGUUCCACCCAGCAGCUCACUGGGUACCACACACAUUUGUAAGAUCUUUGCAACAGAUGAACAGAGAAGACAGCAUAUCCCAGUGUAAUGCACACCAAAAGAACCCAAACAACAAAAAAAUCCAGUGAGAUUUUACAGCAAGCACAUUAGUUGAGUUAAAUUAAAAAAGAAAUCUCAGGAGAAAAUCCCAUUCUUGCUUUUUGAGCAAACACGGGGAUCUCCUGCUGCUGGAAGUUACACAGGAAGCAGUGACGACUCACACUUGGGCCUUUGCCCACUUUCACUUUUCACAUUAAGCGGACUGGCACAUGAAAGAGAAAUAUUCCCACCUCUUCCUGCUCACAGACCAUCUAACAGUGCCACAUUUUCACAAAGAAUUCACAAUACAAUUUAAAAAAACCCCCAAAAUCCAGAAAGGACAAACAUUGCAUGAAUAGUUGAUGAAAAAUCCUUUGUGACAUGUGUGCAUUUAUUUCUAAUUACCAACAUACCAAGGGUAAUUAACCCUGGAUACAGGGGUAUGAGAGAUGGCUCCAAAAAUAUCAUGCAAGUUUUUGCAGGGAGAGGAAAAACUCUUGCACUAGCAAAGCUGCAGGCACCACAGUAAAAAAGUACUAAAACAUAUAUACAUAUACACAUUUAAACAGAAUUUAAAAAGAUUGAGAGACUAACAAUAUUUUUCAAUGAAAAAUAUAAGAAAAAGAUUAAUUAACAUGCAAAAUAAACAUUAUAUACUAAUCAUAUUAGAGCAUGCAAUAUGAAAAAAAAAUAGAUGCUGGUACAUAGAGAAAUUUUUAAAUAAACCCCCAAAAAGGGCAACACACAAAACAGAUGAAAAGACAGUCCUGAAACACAUCCCUGGCACAGCCAGCCGGAAAACUUCUGCCACAUUUUGUCUCUUGCAAUAGCUCAGUAGCCAGGCUUCCCCCUGGCAGCAGCCCAGAGAAAGUGCCAGCUCCCGUUCUCACAGCAGCGUCCCCUCCUGGCCAGUGACAAGCACCAAAGCUCUCAGAAGAAAGCAAACAGAAAAAACAAAAGUGAAAACGGAAAAGUGAAAUUAUCAAGAGGAUGGUGAUGAAAGGAAAGCCUGGACCUGGGCAUAUAAAACUGCACCACCAGCAGCAUCCCAAGCAAAGCAACCACGACUACCAAGCCAGGGCAGGCUCCUGCACAGUGCCCGAAGCUCCACCAUGGCUGCACCUGGAUGCUCACAGCCCCACCGGCGGCACAGCACCCUGGCACUGCUGCUCCUCAUCCUGGCUCUGGCCACCGGCCUCCCGUGCCACCACCUGCGGACCCACGAUCCUGGGAAUGCACUCCAGCAUCUGCAGGACAUGGCUCCAAGAACGACACUGUCCUGCAAUCUCCAGAAGCGGCCCUUCUUCCCCGCCAGCCUGCUCCACAACAACCUGCAGCCGCACCAAGCCGCCGCCACCGCCCUGCGCAUCCUGCAGCACCUCUUCCACACCCUCAGCUCCAACAGCACCCGCCAGCACUGGCCCAGCCACGCUCGCAACCACCUCCUCAACAAGCUGCAGCACCACAUCCACCACCUGGAGCAAUGCCUCCCCGACAACGCCGCGCCCUUCAGAGGACCACGCAACCCGCUGCUCGCCAUCAACAAGUACUUCAGGGACAUCCACCUCUUCCUGCACGCCCACAACCACAGCGCCUGCGCCUGGGACCACGUCCGCCUCGAAGCUC